GGGGCGCUAGGAAGCUGCGACGCCGAGUUUCACUCUGGCUGCCUCCUCAGAGUCGGAGCUUCAGCGGGAGCGGUGCCCAGGCCGAACCCCAGCUGUAGCCCGAGCGCGGCGGUGCCCUCAGCCUGCCCCCUCGCCUUCCUCAGCCUCGGUGCCUUGGAAUUUGUGUUGCCGAGUCAGCAGGCUUUUCGGAUUUGCUCGGCUUUUGUUGUUUGCGUUUAUAUCAAGAUGGGAACUCAAACAAGUCAGUCCUAAGGAUCUACUGUCUCCAUCAAGAAGGGACAGUUUGUGCCAGCUCUCCAGAGAGAAAAGGUCUGCUGGAAGCACUGGGCAAUGAACCCGAGACUUCAGCCCAGAGUGGUCUGAAACCAUUGGGGAAGGAAGAGGGAGUCCUGGGGAAGAUGGCCAUGGCCCCAGGCCCUUCCCUGGCUCAGGUGUACACCAGCCCCGUGGCAGUGGCCGUGUGGGAAUGGCAGGAUGGGCUGGGCACCUGGCACCCCUACAGUGCCACUGUCUGCAGCUACAUCGAGCAGCAGUUUGUCCAGCAGAAGGGCCAGCGCUUCGGGCUGGGGAGUCUGGCCCACAGCAUCCCCUUAGGCCAAGCCGACCCCUCGCUGGCCCCUUACAUCAUUGACCUCCCCAGCUGGACCCAGUUCCGCCAGGACACUGGUACCAUGCGGGCUGUGCGGAGGCAUCUGUUCCCCCAACAUUCAGCCCCGGGCCGGGGCAUCGUCUGGGAGUGGCUGAGUGACGAUGGCUCCUGGACAGCAUAUGAAGCCAGUGUCUGUGACUUCCUGGAGCAGCAGGUGGCCAGGGGCAACCAUCUUGUGGACUUGGCUCCCCUGGGGUACAACUAUACCGUCAACUACGCCACCCACACGCAGACCAACAAGACUUCAAGCUUCUGCCGUAGUGUGCGGCGCCAAGCAGGACCCCCAUACCCGGUGACCACCAUCAUUGCCCCACCGGGCCACACGGGAGUCGCCUGCUCUUGCCAUCAGUGCCUCAGUGGUGGUGGAACUGGCCCCGUGUCGGGCCGCUACCGCCACUCCAUGACCAACCUCCCGGCUUACCCUGUCCCCCAGCCCCCCCACAGGACCGCCAUUGUCUUUGGGACCCACCAGGCCUUUGCCCCAUACAAUAAGCCCUCACUCUCUGGGGCUAGGUCUGCACCCAGGCUGAACACCACCAACCCCUGGGGUGGGGCACCUCCCUCCUUGGGGAACCAGCCCCUCUACCGCUCCAGCCUCUCCCACCUGGGACCGCAGCACCAGCCCCCAGGAUUGUCCACUGCCGGCGGAGCCAGUGCCUCCCUCCCCAGCGGUCCUGCCAGCAGCCCUGGGAGCGUCCCUGCCGCUGUGCCUGUGCAGAUGCCGAAGCCCAGCCGGGUCCAGCAAGCCCUCGCAGGCAUGACGAGUAUUCUGAUGUCAGCCAUUGGACUCCCUGUGUGUCUUAGCCGCGCACCCCAGCCCGCCAGCCCUCCCGCCUCCUGUCUGGCCUCUAAAAGUCACAGCUCAGUUAAGAGAUUGAGGAAAAUGUCCAUGAAAGGAGGGACUCCAAAGCCAGAGCCAGAACAGGUGAUAAAAAACUAUACCGAAGAGCUGAAGAUAGCCCCAGAUGAGGACUGCAUCAUCUGUAUGGAGAAACUGUCCGUGGUGUCCGGGUACAGCGACGUGACCGACAGCAAGACCAUUGGGCCAGUAGCCGUGGGCCGCCUCGUCAAGUGCAGCCAUGCCUUCCACCUGCUCUGUCUGCUGGCCAUGUACUGCAAUGGGAACAAGGACGGGAGUUUGCAGUGUCCUUCCUGCAAAACCAUCUACGGAGAGAAAACCGGGACCCAGCCCCAGGGAAAGAUGGAGGUGUUCAAGUUCCAGAUGUCCCUCCCUGGCCAUGAGGACUGUGGGACGAUACUUAUAGUUUACAACAUUCCUCACGGCAUCCAGGGCCCAGAGCACCCCAACCCCGGGAAGCCAUUCACUGCCAGGGGCUUUCCCCGUCAGUGCUACCUUCCGGACAAUGCCCAGGGCCGCAAGGUCCUGGAGCUGCUGAAAGUGGCCUGGAAGCGGCGACUGAUCUUCACGGUAGGGACAUCCAGCACCACGGGAGAGACCGACACAGUGGUGUGGAACGAGAUCCACCACAAGACAGAGAUGGACCGCAAUGUGACCGGCCAUGGCUACCCCGACCCCAACUACCUGCAGAAUGUGCUGGCUGAGCUGGCCGCCCAGGGGGUGACCGAGGACUGCCUGGAGCAGCAGUGAGCCCCGGGCCUGGCCGGCCCCAUCUCGCCCCGCCGCGCCUGCCUCUGGCAGCCAGCUGCCCUCUCCCCCUGCUGCCGGCUGGGCUGCCCCGGGAUGGGCAGGCGGGAAGGUGCCUUUCCUCAGAGGCUGCGAGGUUUGUGGGGGCCCGCCUUCUGCCCCCAUCCUCCCCUCCAGGCCCAGAUCUGCAGGCGAAUCAGGCAGGCCUGGGGAGUUGUACUUGUGGGGGCUUAAGAUGCAGCUACCUCAGUGCGUGGGGCCCCCUGCCGCUGGCGGGCUGCUUCGGGGCCGUAGUGCCGGGGGCCUGGCGUGGGGUGAGGCGAGACUGCCCCGUCCCCCAUCGUAGCCAGGGCAGGGGCGUGGGUUCUGGGUCAGCUUCUCAUACCUCAGAUGUUCUGUUUGCAAUAAAUGCCCUAUAGCCAAAGUCA